AUGUCCGAAUACUGGAAAUCAACGCCUAGUUACUGGUGCAAGCACUGCAAGCAAUAUGUCAAAGAUACCAAGCUCGAGAAAACAAACCACGAAGCCAGUCCGCGCCAUCAAGGCAAUCUCAAGCGAUUCCUGCGCGAUCUCCACCGCGGCCACGAAAAAGACGAGCGGGAAAAAGACCGCGCCAAAAAUGAAAUCGCCCGUCUAAACGGCAUUGUGAGUGGAAGCGGCGACGCAGGAAGUUCCUCACAAGCGUCGCGCCCUAGUUCCUCGACGCCGAAACCUCCCGCGACGGCCGCGCAGCGAAAACAACAAUUGGCGCAACUGGCGGAGCUGGGCGUGAGCGUUCCGGAUGAAUUUAGAUCGGAUUUGGCUAUGGCCGGCGAGUGGCAAGUUACUUCGGAGCGUGUUAUUGAUGAUGGGAGUGGGGAGACGAAACCUGAUGCGCUUGCGUUGGGGGUUCGGAAAAGAGAAGCCGAGGAUGAAGAUGAGGAGGCGAAAGAGGCGAAGAAGAGGAGAUGGGGCACAGCGAUCCGCACAUAUCCUACCGAGAAUAACGACGAUGAUUUAGAUGCUUUGUUGAGUCAUAGCAGUAAAGGCAAGGGUCCCGAUGUGAAGCCCGAAACAAACGACGGUGUCAAUAUAAAGAUAGAGAAGAAGCCCGAAGAAGAUGUGGAGCCUCUAGCGAAUAGCAAAAAGGAGGAACCGGUUGUGAAACCCGAAACACAGGAAGAUGUCGAAAUCGAUAUAAAGCAGAUCCCGGAAGCCACAGAGCAGAACAGCGAGCCUGCAGCGUCAGGAGUCGUCUUCAAGAAGAGAAAAGCCAAGAAUAUUCGCCAACGAUGA